AUGGCUAUGAUUCGACCCCACGCAGUAAGGCGGUCGCUGGGCCACGCCCAAUGCCUGCUGCGCCGCUACUCUUCAAAAUCCGCCGAACAGAACAUCGCGUCAAUUCUCUCUGAACCCAGCUGGUCUGUUCGAUCUCUCCUCCCCGAUUCAACUUCCCAGUCAGCGAAGCCAUCGAUUACCCCUAAACAACUCCGUCAUCUACUUCGAUUGUCAGCUCUCCCCCAACCAGCUAGCCCGGAAGAAGAGAAGACCAUGCUAGAAACACUGGAGUCACAGAUUCAUUUUGUGAAAGAGAUGCAAAGUGUCGAUACUACAGGCGUGGAGCCAUUGCGGAGUAUCCGGGACGAGAGCCCUGCCGCCGUGAAGGAAAUGAGUAUUGGGUUGGAUCGACUGAAGGAUGCUCUGGCCAAGGAACAGGCCACAGGACGAAGGAAAAGGGUCCAGCGUCUCAAGCCGGAGGACAAUGGCCAGCCAGAAGUCAUGGGUUGGAAUGGAAACGCCCUCUCCUCUGCUUCGAAGACCAAGGGGCCAUACUUUGUUGUGGAAACAGGCGCAAACGGCAGCACAGCUUCAUAG